CCGAGACAAGGAAAAAUUCACAAGAUGUCCCUCCCCCGAGAACCCCGCUCCUGGCAAAAACCAGGCUUCCUCGUAUCCACCGAUAAAACCCUCCUCUCCAUCCCAUCAAUAAACCACGCCUUUGGCCUCGACAUGAUCUACUGGACUCAACCCGUCCCCGACGCCAUCCUUCAAACGAUCAUCGACAAUUCCUUCUGUUUUGGUCUGUACAAAAUCAUAUCUACCACCGAUCAAAUCAGCACCGACUCCGCCGAUGCAUCACGACAGCAGCUACAACAACCCUUCCAAGCCAAGGACCUGAUACAAAUUGGCUUCGCGCGGGUUGUGGGCGACAUGGUUACUUUUGCAUAUUACACGGAUCUCUACGUUUUGCCCGAAUAUCAGGGCGUGGGCGUGGGCGGGUGGAUGAUUGAUUGUUUGGCAGAACUGUUGGACGAGAUGCCUUAUUUGCGGUGGGCGAUGUUGCGAACUUCGAUGGAGAAGAGUCGGGAUGCGUACGUGAAGAGGCUUGGGAUGGCGGUUUUGCCGUCUGGAGAUAUUAAGGAUGGACCCGUUAUGAUGGGCAGGAAGGGGAAGGUUGGGGGCCCGUAGAUUUGACGGAGAUGUAGCACGGAUUCGAUUUGUACUGCCGGAUUCGAAAUCAGAUUCCAUCUGUUCUCACUUGGAUAUUACACGUAUCGUCUAUACACUGUGAGCUUGGUGCCCCUUCAUACCACUCUCAUU